AUGGACGAUUACAAGAAAUAUCUUGCUGAGCAGAUUUUGAGCGAGGAUAAGCUGGUCACAUAUCGUGCUCUCAGUAGGGCUCUUAAGGUUAAUGUCAACCUUGCCAAGCAGAUGCUUUAUGACUUCCACAAGUCGCAGAAUGACAGACGACCUGGCGCUAUCUACGCGACUUACCUAGUUUAUGGGAUCAAGAAGUCUGUCGAGGCCACUAAUGGCCAUGUGCGCGAGGAUGGGGAUGUCGAAAUGACAAGCUCUAUGCCUGAAGCCGAGUCAGUUGCUGAGGAAAUCACGACCCAUACCCUCACUCUGUACGAGCAAGUUACAUCGAUCCAUGUGUACAGUCUCGGACCGCACCCACUGAAGAGCAGAAAAGAACGGGAGGAAGCUUUGCGACGAAUGAUGGACGACGAGGACGAAGAAGAGGAGCCAGAGGAGAAAGCUGACAGUCCAAUGGAAGAGCCUGUUGAGGAGCCGCCAGCUCCAGAACCUGAGAAGGAGGCGGAGCCGACUGAAGUUGUCUCUAGCACGGGCGACGGUCGCCGGCGGGGCAAGAGACGAAUCAUGCGCAAGAAGCAGAUCUUGGAUGAUCAGGGAUAUCUGGUGACGAUCCAAGAACCAGGCUGGGAAUCAUUCUCUGAAGAUGAGACGCCUCAACCGCCGAAGAAGAAGGUCGAGACAUCUGCACAGCCCACGAAAGCUAAAAAAUCCGGUCCAAAGGGUGCUCAAGGCAACAUCAUGUCAUUCUUUUCCAAGAAGUGA